AUGGUAACUACUCGUAAGACUUUGGAUGGUGAGAAAAUCGGCCAGCUCAUCGCUGGCUACAUCGACAUCAUCGUAAAGAAGAAGGCUAUGAAGGAUCACCUCGGAAUCGAAGGUGAUGAAGGAUCGACCAUGCUGGAAGAUGUGGUGGCUCACGGGCAGAUCGGAGCCGGACAGUACGCUCAGGAUGGCCAUGUGGCGCUACGUGGUGUGCUACGCACCCCGCAGCAGCAACCGCACGGUUACGGCUAUGGAAUCAAUGGUGCGCAAUAUGGAGCAGUCAGUGGUGAAAUCCAGUCACAGAGCAUGGCUAGGAGUUUGACCUAA